GGGCGGCGGGGCCGGCGAGCCGCGCAGCAGGCAACCGCGACCCGCGCUCGGCUUUCCGGAUGCAGCUCCCGCGCAGCCUGUUGCUCGUUCCUCCGGGCCGCCGCUUCCCGCCCGGUGCCCAGGGCCAGGCGGCCCGAGGGGUGCCGGCGCGCGGGCGGCCUCCCGCCUUCCCCUCUCCCCGCCCGCGGAUGGACCCCAGCAUCUCCGAGAGCGCAGGCGCCGGCCAGCCUCCCCGCGCGCCCCGGCCGGCGCGCCGAGACCCCGGGCGCCGUGCUGCGAUGAACGCGACCUUCCUGAACCACAGCGGCCUGGAGGCGGCGGGCGGCUUGGGCGGCUGCGGCGGCGGGGCCACCCUGGGGAACCGCAGCCACGGGCUGGGCACGUGGCUGGGCUGCUGCCCCGGGGGCGCGCCGCUGGCCGCCACCGACGGGGUCCCCGCGGGGCUGGCGCCCGACGAGCGCAGCCUGUGGGUGUCGCGCGUGGCGCAGAUCGCUGUGCUCUGCGUGCUGUCGCUCACCGUGGUCUUCGGCGUGUUCUUCCUGGGCUGCAACCUGCUCAUCAAGUCGGAGAGUAUGAGCAACUUUCUGGUGGAGGAGCGCCGGCCCUCCAAGGACGUGGGCGCCGCCAUCCUGGGGCUGUACUGAGGCCGCCUCGGCCCGUCCCCGCCAGCCCGGCCGCAAGCGGACGAGAAGGGAGACCGGGACCCUCGUGCCCCUCCCGGGCUCUGCCGCC